AUGGUUGCUGGUCACUUUAGUCGGAUCGAAUAUGCCAGCGGUGGCACCGUACCCGGUUCUUUGAUAGCCGAGUUCGCCAAGAUUGCGCGGGACUAUGUCAACGAGAUUCAACAUGCCGAGGUUGGCCUGACGAACCCCGCGAGACCACAUGCACCUACGAACCCUUCCGCGAUGCAAAUGGUACAGCAAUCGUCAGAGCUUGAUGCCGGAAACAACAAACAAGUUGCCAGGCCAACCCAGAUGACUCUGGAUCUAUCUGACACUAUGCCGAGGGAGGCCAUGAUAUCUGGUCCGAUGCAGCAACCAGGAUACACCGACUUUGCGUUCGACAGUGGGAUGGGCCAGGUAUCUCCCAGUGCGCUUAUGGGAACCGACGUGAUGGGAAUCUUUAAUUAUUUCCUGCCCGAUCUGGACCCUAUGUUUUACCAGGGUAUGACGCAGGAGUACGAUCUGCUACCACAACAGCAUGGCGGGACCGUCCAGAGCAUGGACAAGUGA